AUGGGCAGACCAGACUUUCGCGGACGUGGUGGUGGCGAUCGUGGAGGUAGAGGUGGAUUUCGAGGAAGAGGAUUUGAUCGAGGUGGACGUGGUGGAGAUCGUGGAACACGUGGUGGUGGUGGCUUUAAAAGAGGUGGCGAUCGAGGUGGAAGAGGACGUGGUGGACCCCGAGGAGGCGGUGGACGCGGUGGCGGAGGUAAAAAGGUUGUUGUUGUGCCUCAUAGACAUCCUGGAGUUUUCAUCGCACAAAGCAAAGAUGAUGAUAUGUUAUUAACAAGAAAUCUUGUUGUUGGAGAAAGUGUUUAUGGUGAAAAACGUAUUAGUGUUGAUGCUGAAAAUGCAGAAAAAAUUGAAUAUCGUGUAUGGAAUCCAUUUCGUUCGAAAUUAGGUGCAGCUAUUUUAAGUGGGGUUGACAAUAUUCAUAUGCCACCUGGUUCGAAAGUAUUAUAUUUGGGAGCAGCCAGUGGCACAACAGUUUCCCAUGUUUCAGAUAUCGUCGGACCGGCAAGUUGUCAUGAAGGUCUUGUGUAUGCCGUUGAAUUUUCUCACCGUUCUGGACGAGAUUUACUUAACGUAGCAAAAAAACGUCCAAAUAUUAUUCCUAUAAUUGAAGAUGCACGUCAUCCGCAUAAAUAUAGAAUGCUGAUUGGAAUGGUUGACACAAUGUUUGCUGAUGUUGCACAACCCGAUCAAGCACGAAUUUUAGCAUUGAAUGCACAUCAUUUUCUUAAAAAUGGUGGAAAUUUUGUCAUUUCUAUCAAGGCAAGUUGUAUUGAUUCAACAGCAACACCUGAAGCUGUGUUUGCAGAUGAAGUAAAAAAAUUACAAAGUGAAAAACUAAAACCAAAAGAGCAAAUAACAUUGGAACCAUACGAAAGAGAUCAUGCAGUGGUCGUUGGAACGUACAGAGAAGCAUUUGCGCUAUUUGACAAAGAUUCUGAUGGUUUAAUAACAACAAAAGAAUUGAGUAUGUUCAUGCGUAGUUUAGAUCAAAAUCCAACCGAAGCUGAACUGCAAGAUUUAAUACAUAUUGUUGAUACGGAAGAUACGUAUAAUAAAAACGUUUAG